AUGGUCAAGAAGUCCUUCAUUCUACUGGGUCAGCCAGCAAAGACUGCCGAAGAACUCGAGGUUGAUCUUCAAAACACUUUCGAGUACUUACAAUACAUUGUCGCCCAAAAGUUCUCGAUUGCGGAUCCAUCAGGAAUUUCGUUUCAAACCGAUAAAGAUGGUGUCCUUGAUGAUCUUGACAACUUCGUAGAUGCUUCUUCCCCGAUCGGUAUCCUCAUUGAUGGAAACCAAGUCAGAGAUGUCCCUGGACCAACAGGUCUUCCCAUCGCCGGAAGUUACUAUGAAGUGUACCCUGAUCAUCUCGGGAAUCAUCAACGUCUUUUUGAUCAGUAUGGGCCGGUGUUCAAAACUACAGAUAUGGGUCGUACGGCUUACUAUACUAAUGAUCCUAAGGUAGCCAAUGUUUGUUUUGGAGAAGGAGGUUACUGGUCAAAAGUCAUCACUUCUGAUCAUCCAUUAUAUGGUAUCAGAGAUGAUCUGGCAGGUGUCUUCUUGUCCGAUACCGAUACCGAAUCUUGGAAAGAAACGCACAAGUUCUUAGCACCAGCACUCAGUCCAAAAGCUGUUAGGCAUUAUACACCUCAAAUGCAGAACACAGCUGAGCAAGCUUUUAAGGUAUUUGAUGAACUGGACGAGCGGGGUGAAGCUUGGAAUGCGUACCAAUAUAUGUUCAAAAUGGGUUCCACAGCUAUCGGAAAACUGGCUUUGGGAAUGGAAAUGCACCAUUUUGACUCGGUCGAUGCACCUCUUCAUGACCUCGUAAAGCUUGUCGGUCACAACUUGGAACUCAACAAGAAAGUCUCCACGAUGGGAGAUUGGUAUGCUCACAUGCCAUGGGGAGCACCAAAACAAUUGAAGGAGAACAAAGCACAAGUGAAAGAGCUGAUAGAAGAAGCUAUCAAAAACGUUAAAGUUGGUGGAACCGAAGAUUUGCCCAUUCAAGAUGCUGCUUUGAAGGCGUCUUGUAUUGUUGAUUACCUCACUAGAGCAACCGAUGAGAAAGGCAACAAGCUUGCGGAGAAAUAUCGCACCAAUGCAUCACUAGUAGUCAUAGGAGCUGGAUUCGUCACGACAGCUUCACUUCUCAGUUGGCUGCUAUAUAGUAUUGCUUCAUAUCCCGGCAAUCAAGAACGCUUGCUUCAAGAACUUGUUGACCACGAUGUCACCGAGGAUACAGAAUGGACACCCGAUCUUGCAAAUUCGCUCGAGUUUCUUGGGACUCUCAUCAAAGAAACUCAACGUCUCCACAAUCCCUCCUACCAACCAGGUCGUACCGCUCUCGCCGAUGUAAUUGUCCCAGGUGGUUACCGCAUUCCCAAAGGAUCCAUAAUGAUCAUUGGCAUUCAUCAUAUUCACAACAAUCCCAAGGUCUGGGACUCCCCAGCAGAAUUUGAUCCUGAUCGUUGGAAUACAGAAAAAGUGAAAGCGAGACAUAAGACCGCAUAUGUACCAUUCGCAGCUGGUCCUCGAAUGUGUAUCGGUUUUAAUUUCGCAUUGCAGGAAGUAAAAGUCAUUAUUUCAAUGUUAAUAUAUAGAUAUCAGUUUGAGAAGAUAGGUAACGAGCCUGUGGAAUACGACCCGUCAUUUCAACUGAUUCGACCGAAUAAUUUCUUUGUAAAAGCCAAGAGAAGGACGAGCUGGCCGGAAAAGUCGAAGAAAUUAAUGAGUACUUAA